GGGCGUUGAUUUGCUCCUGCUGCAGAAAGGGCCAGAUUUAUCAAAAUGCAAAGUUUGAUUUUAGUUCUGCUAAUUACCUAAAGUUUGCGGCGUUUCCAAAUUGAAGAUCUAUUGUUAAAACAGGUGAAUUUGGAGGUUUGGGCCUGUCGUUUACCUCCCGCCCUUGUCCCCGACUCUGACGAUAUGGACACAGUAUGGCCCCAGCACACCGGCACACCUCAGGGAGAAGUCUUGUUCUGUCGAUCCUCUGCCUCCAAGCUAUAUGUCUUCAGGUUACCAGUGAGUGUGACCAGACAUUCGUAAGCAGACCAGGAGGUCCUAUGAACGGCACCUUCCAAGCACCAGAGUUCGUCAAUCUUCGAGGACACUCGCGCCAGUGCAUUUACACUUUCUUGGCUGGUCUUGGCCAGCGUGUCGAAAUCGUUUUCACUUCGUUCAACCUCAGAGGGGCACCACCUGAUGGAGCUGCCGUGGGAGACCUCCCUGCCUGUGUCCAUGAGUACAUGGAUGUAUAUUCCGAAGUGGUCCAACCCGACGCCGCCGAGCUGAUCAACUCUCCGUUUGGUGGUCGGUACUGUGGGCCGAUUCGACCCAGAAGAAGGGUGUCUUUAUACCGCGCCAUCGCGCUCGCCUUCUACACCGACAAGAACGUCUCGACGAGUGACCUCUUCACCGGCAGAUACGCAUUUAUCAAUGACUCGGAAUACGAGGUGGGUAUUCCGGUAGCGGGCAGUCCGUGCAGUUUCCUGGUGAAGGGCGGAGUGAAGCCUUCGGGAGUGAUUUUGUCGCCUACUUAUCCAGGCGCCUACCCCAAGGCUCUUUUUUGUAGCUAUCAGUUCCUCGGAGUGCCUGGUCAGCGGAUCCGUUUGGAAUUCCGAGAUUUCGAUCUCUUCUUCGGGGGUCCUCAUUGUCCGUUCGAUUACGUAAAGGUGUACGACGGUCAGGACAACAGUUCGGCUGUAAUAGGCACUUACUGCGGUCAGCAGCGCAAUCUCGUCAUCUACUCGUCCGAGUCUUCUCUUCUAGUUACGUUCGUCACCCUCCCACGCACUGCCAAUACUCAGAAUAGAGGCUUUAAGGGCAUCUUUGAGUUUUCAAACUCUUUUACCAAAUUAGACUUUAUAAGUAAGAACGACGGUGAACAUAUACGAGGCACCGAGUGCGACCAGAAAAUUUUGAGCAAAAAGGAAUCCAGCGGGUUCGUGUUCAGUCCUAACUACCCGUUUCCAUACAUGCCCAAACUGGUCUGUCGUUACUUCAUCUACGGCAUGCAGGAUUCACAACAUCUGGAACGAGUCAGACUCGAGUUCGUGAUGUUCGAAAUACCGAAAGGACCUAAAGGAGACUGCUCAGACGGUUAUCUAAAAAUCUACCUAAAAGGUCAAGAGACGACAGAUUCGUACGACAAAUUUGAUUAUGAAAUGUGCGGCGACGUGAGCAAACCUUCACUGGUGGUAUCUGAUGGUCCUCGACUUGUUAUGGUUUUCAGUAGUGGGGAACUCAUGGGUCGAGGCUUUAAAGCAAACUACACUUUUGAGACUGAAUAUCGAAUUCCUGGAACGGCUGCCCCCGAUGGCAGCUGCACGUUUACAUACCGCAGCGUUAGCAAGAAGAAGGGUGAAUUCAACUCGCCCCGAUACCCCUCCAAUUACCCCAGUGACACCAACUGUACCUAUUCGUUUUUGGGUACCAAUAACGAACAGGUGACUCUAGUUUUUGAUAAUUUCAAAGUUCGUGCCGACUCUGCGAAUUCUACGACUGGCUCCUAUGGAGCAUACGUAUGCCAAGAAGACUGGUUAGAAGUGUACAACAUUUACCGAGACGGCACGGAGAAAAUCGUAGGACGGUACUGCGGAAUGACUGCUCCAGGUCCCAUAGAGUCAAACCGCGGUGCCAUGGGUCUGAAGAUAAUUCUGCAUGCGGAUUCGGAAGGCGUUUACAGUGGAUUUAAAGCGCGGUAUAGUUUUGAAACGGCGAAAUCUAUAUUCGGAGAUUGUGGGGGAAAUGUGAGUAAUUUGGAUUCGGGGGUCAUCACGAGUCCCAAGUUUCCUGGAGAUUACGACGGCCCUACGAAGGGCUUAUCGUCGAAAAGCUGCAAUUGGUAUGUCAGCGUCAGGCCCGGGUACAAAAUUAUGCUCAAUUUCGAGAGGUUUGCCGUCGAAGGAGACCCCGUAGGGCGAGGAUGUCCUGCAGCCGUUUUAAGACUUUGGACGGAUUUAUCAACUGCGCCCAUUGAACUCUGCGGCGAGAAAUCACCGGGAGAUAAAUGGCAAUACCUUUCCACCUCAAAUGCAGUUCGAUUUAGUUUUGUAACGGCAGACAAGGCUGUAGGAGCACAGGGUUUUAAGAUCGUUUGGACGGAGGUUCAAGAAGGACCGAGUUGUGAAGAGUUUCAAUGUAAGAAAAGCGAUUUCUGCAUUCCGGACAAACUGAGGUGCAACAUGGUCAACAACUGCGGAGCUGAUGAUAAUUCUGAUGAAGCCGACUGCAUGGUGGAGGCGCCCCAGGAGGACCACACUCUGGUGUACGUGUGCGCCAUCGCCGCCAUCCUGUUCGUGCUGGUGACGCUGUGCGUGCUGUGCCACCGGAAGCGGCGUCGGCGUCGGCGCGGCAUCCACCGCCCCCUGCAGCUGCCCGUCCCGUCGGGCUCGUCCAGACGCCCCCCGCAGCACGUGUGCGAGGAGCUCGGCGAGCGCUACGCCAGCGUGGACAGUGUCUGAUGGUGGCUUCAACUCCCGCGGGACCCGCACUCUUUCCUCAUACGGUUACUGCCGCCGCCAGCAAUACGCUCACUUUACAGGGUCACUCGGACGCCGAGUCUACGUUUUAUCUAGUUAUCUAACUGAAGGACUAACGAAUGUUGGCCAAAAGUUGUUUGUUACUACAUUCAUGUUGUUCGGACGCGGCCUCGGCGAACUAGGGGUCGAUACAAUACACACGUUUUUGUAUUUGAUAAAGAGCUGCCCUUCGAUGACAUCGUCACGGCUGAUAAACUAACAACUGAUGAUUUUACUGCAGUACUGGCAAGAGUCAAGAGUCAUAAAGGUGAACAAGUACAUAUCUCUCAUAAAAUUAUUACAAUAUUUCACCAAACAUUAAUUAACUUGUAUAACAUCCGAAAUUAAACAUUUACCUAAAAGAAAAUUAUUAUUAAUCAGCCUAGUGUCCAACACGCUUUAUUAUAAAAUUCAAGAUUGUUUCAUUUUAAAAAGUAUGAAGUUAUGAAAUAAUAAAAAUAAUACAGUCAAAGAUUAGCUUCUGGCAAUAAAUUUUUAUGGAGACUCUUUGUUAAUUAUAAUUUUUUUACAAACUAAGAAAAAACUUUGGUGGUCUAGCCGUCAGUAAACAAGCAAAUUGAAAAUUAAAUCAGUUAAGAACAAAUUUUUUUGUCAUGAAAACAAGAAUUUUCUAACGUAUUAUUAAAUGUCUAAAAUGAAUUAAAGAAAAAAAGAAUUAAACAAAAAAGUUUAAUGUUUUUAAAAAUAUUUAAAGGUAAAGCGAAUCCUCUGCAAAACUCUGAAUUUUUGUAGAUUUAUGGACAAAAAUAAUUGUUAGUACUACUUUAUUGUUUUUUUGAGAACUAGUUAUAAUCAAUAUCUGAUCUUAAAGUAAAAAUUUAAACUAAUUUUAUUAAAUUGUUAAACAAAUAAAACAAAUGGUUAGAGACAAUUAUAAAGCACCAUGUUUAAGCAACCCAUGUUAAGCUCUAGUGCAAUCGUGUUUAAAUUUGUUAUUUUAUUACGGCAAUAAUCAUGGGUUAAGGAAAACGCAACAACAAUUAUUUUUGUUGCAUUUUGUUGUGAAAGAAUUGACUUUAAAUUUCGUCCUUUUUUUAGGUAAAAUUAUUUACAAGAAACGUAAAGAUCGUAAAAUGUUUAAUUAAAUUUUAUUAUCAUAAAAUAUGUAUUAACAUUUUUUUACCUAAAUCUGUUUAAAGAAAAAGUACUUUAUGAUGAAUAAAACUAAUUUGCAUUUUUGAAUAGCAUAAAGAAAGUAUUUACAUUAGGAUGGUUUGAAUAAAUGUUAGUAUACAUAUCUAGUUACUCUAGAUUACGUUUAGUUAAGUCAUUACUAUAUGGUUUUUUUUUUUUUAACUAUUAUCUAGACUUAUACAGUGAACUUCAUUAAUUUGUUAGAAAUUAUUUUUUAAUAUUUUUGUCAGUACUGCCUAAUUAAAUUUGUUUCACUUAUUGAAAUUAAAAAUGUAACAUAUUCCAUCCAGCCCAAUCUUAGACUUAAAUUUUAAAACUUAUUUUAGAGUAAUAAACAUUAUCAACAUCAAAACGUGAUUUUUUUUAUUUGUAAACAGCUGUACAUAUGUUUACAUCGCUAAAAUAAAGCAAGUAACUUAAUGACAAAAAUAAUUCUCAUAUGUAGGUACUCGUAUAUCUAUAAAAUUACUAUUAAUAUACCAAAUAAGUAUUUAAAAUAAGAUAAUAAGAAAAUGUGGCUGUGAAUUUUUUUACUACAUAACUUGCAUCUAGUUAACUCGUUAACUAGAACGUAACUUUUAAUCCAAAACAUCAAAAUAGUGUUAAUUUUUAUGAUACAAUAGUUUAUUGAAAUAAAAUUAAUUGCCGCAAGUUUUCUAAAUUUAAAACACUUAAAGUAUUUUUUUCUUAAAAGACAUAAAAACUACAACUUGAUCUUAGUUUGUCGAUUUAAUCACUAAAAAUAAAUACGAAAUAUUAGAACUGCUAAUACAGAUUUAAAUAAUAACAUUCACUUACAGAUGUUUACAGCUGUUUCAAAUAAAAAUGCUUUUCAGUGGAUAAAUAUACAAGAUGGUUUGUUCAAUGUGUUUUGUCAAAAUGCGAAUAAGACAAUAACAAUUUUUUUUUUGACGAUGCCAUUGCAGGGCCGGCUUCAGUUGUUGGUUGGACAAUCACUAAGCUCAGUAUUGCUGACGGCUGGCCGGCAAACCGAACGGCCUCGGCAACCUGUGGAGUCAAUAAACUGUGAAGAAAAAAAAAACAACACUCACUACACAAACCCACCCCGAAGAUAUUUUUUAACAAUGUCGAUAAUCCAAUAUUUAAACAAUAAUAGUAAUUAAAGAAAAUCACGUGGUUUAAUAAAGUAUAAAAAAGUAUAUAAAUGUUAGUGCGAUGUAUACGCAAGACGUAGUUAAAAUGAGUUAAUGUUCGUGAACUACGUGUUGGUGACGAAGGAAUGCAUCAGUUUGGAAACAAGCUAAACCUAUAGAGACCUCAUUUAAUCGAAACAAAACGCAAAAUGAUCAUCUAUUUUGUACGUCGAUAGGUUUUACGUUGAUCACAAGUUCGAUAUUUAUAUAAUAUACAUUUGCAAUAAUAGAUAGUUUUGCACUAAUUCGCACAAACAGAGCUAUUGAACUAUCGACGUUCAAAUUGUUAUAAACAAAAAAUAUAAUGAAAACAGGUGCUCUAGAUUUUAUUUUUACAACGAAUAUCCAUCUUCCUGGCGCGUAGAUCUACAAGAUGGCGACGUAGGAUUCAGUGCGUGUGUCUGCGACAACUACUGCCGUGUUAGAUCAUUAUUUGCUUUACGACACUCGGGGACUUACCCGGGCCUAUAAUUGUUCACAUGUUGUUAUUUAUAAUCCAGAGACUGAGGGUUAGUGUCACGCAAGACCGUGUGCCAGACACUCGUGCAAUUAGUUAUUAUUAUAAUCUAAUACAUAUUACUGACGAAUUGUACGCACUUUAUUUCAUGAUGUCUUUCGAAAACAAUACUUUGAUGUAGCUAUAUUGUAUUAAUAUGUAUUCAGAAUAUGCUCAGUUAAAUUGGGUCUGACUUAUUUAUUAGACGUUCCUCUAUUCGAUUUAUUAGUACUAUCGAACCGACCCAUCUACCGGUUAAAAAUUUGCAACCAUCUACCGGUACCCAACGACUGUCUCAAAAUUUAAGGCCGAUAAAUCUACUUGUUUUGCGAGGCGGUAGAUGGCGUGCGUUAACUCGAUUUGUUUUGUAAAGUAUGUAAUUCUAUUGGCGUUAUUUGUAAGUUAUUUCUAUUAUUGGGCUUCCUACAGACUUGUUCAAAAGUUCAAGUCUCGUUCGUAUCCAGUCUACCAUUAGUGCAAGCUGCUGCACAAAGACCGUCAUCUGCAACACUACAACGAUUGGAAGUCAUUGGUAAUUUAACUGAGUAUACACUACUUGAGAAACAUUUUGGUGUACCCUUUCGUGUCCGUGAUUUGUUAAAAUAACUGUAUAAUCACACCACACACCAAUCAUAGCUUGUAAGGUCUCAAAGAAGUCGAACUAUUUUUUUAGGUACCAAAAUGUUUCUAACUAUUGAGUGUAAAAAAGUAUAACAUUUUCAUUGUGUUUGAUUGGCAUUGCAGAAAACGUUGUACUAAAAACUAGUUAAACAUAGUCGUCUGGGCUGACGUAAAACAUGAUUGUAAAAAAUAUAUGUAAAAUAAAUAAAAUCGCCGGAAACAACACAGUGAUUGUUAAUCUAAACUAUUGUUGUGUUUACGUUUCUCUAAUAAACAUUUUGUUUGUCCAAUUCAAGUUUUUUUUUUAAUUUUGUUGUCGACUCUAUACAAUGUAAAGUAAAAGCAGAACACCAAGUAGAAGUACUGAUGAUUUGCUCCAAACACUGUAAUUGUCUUCCCAAACGGUCAUUGUGUUUUUUCGCAAAUAAAUAAUCUGUAUUUUAGGAUAGCUUAACGAAUUAUCCUAAUACUGCAACGUUGUCCGUUUGCCUUUUGUUUUUCAAACAUCCUGGUAAGCUGUGUCCUUUUUAAGAGUCUUGCGUAAAACUUGUUUCUCCCUAGAGGGCGCUCAUUGUCAGUGACAGGUCACAGCUUACUGGGACCGUCCUUCUGUAAAGAAAGUAGUGGGUUUGGUUGGUUGCAGUAGCGUAUGCACUCAGUCUAAGUAGGCCUCGGCCAACACAUUGUUACUUAGGAUAAAUCAUUAUUUUUAAAUAUUAUCCACUCGCGAUAGAUAUUAAAUAUUGUAUGUAUGUAUUCAUACAUAUGCAGUUGCCAAGUGACGGUGUUAGGUAAUUUAGUCACUGUCAUUUACAUAUAAUCACUCACAUCAGCCAACUGUCAAACAACAAGUCUCUAUUUGCCUUAAUUGAUGUAGGGAGGGGGAAAAUUACACUCUCCCUACUUUUGACAUUCUGUUUCAUAGGAUUGGGAGAGCUAUUCUUUGGCAGUUGACCCAACUGAGCACUGCGCGGCUUCCAUACUACCCACACCUGCAACUGCGUACGCGCACUUUGUUAUACCGAGUUGUAGAGACUCUAGGACAACCGUCAAAGACACAAAUCGGCUUCAAUCAGUUGAAACGUUCCGAAAAUUUUUCAUGUAACAUCCAAACCGAGGCCGAAUCGUGUCUCUGGUGGACAACAAACACUGCUUAACUAAUAGUUUUCGGAUCAGGAGAGUGAUUGUUGCUUUUUGUUUAUUUUUUGAAAACCUCCGAUCCGAAAAUUGUUUCUUAUUCAGGAACGACAAAUACACAGUGAUUGUAUUUCGAAUUCUCAUCUCCAUCAAUAUGUUAUUUGUUAAAUUAAAAAAGCUGUUAAGUACUGUUAAGUAUAAGGAUAAGAGGAGGUCGCAUUUUCUGUAACAUAAUGUAUCAAAAUGCUCACAGCGACUAGGCUCGACUAAAUAAAGAGUAUUCCACUGUAAACCUACUCCUUUUUUCACACAGGGCAUUAUAGACUUUAAUUAAAAUAUAGUCUUUUGCUCGAAAUAGACCAGUUUCAAGCAAGGGACUUGGCUCAACACUUGUUUUAUAAGGAAAUGAGUUUUACGCAAUAUCUCGUUGAUCUAAUUAAAAACAGAAA